UGGAGGUUCCACGUAGCUGGAUAGGACCUCCAGGGCUCGUAUUCAGUAAUCGACGUAUCACAAAUACUCACUCUUACAUCUUCAACUUUAUACCAUCACCACGAAAAUAAAAAGGUCGUCCUGAUGGACCAUCGACGACCACAAUGCGUCAUUUCUUUUCUUACUUGAUACCCUUUUCAAUUCUCUUUUGGAGCGUUGCUGUAGCUUCCGACUAUUACGAACAGUUAAUUCUUAAGCCAUUGCCUCAAUCCGCCCUCCUCGCCAGCUUCAACUUUAGAUCCAACACGAGCUUGUCGCAAUUCGAGGCGCACAACUUUCGAUACUUCCCAAGGUCUCUGGGACAGAUACUACAACAUGUUGGUACAAGGGAACUGCAUUUGAGGUUCAGUUUGGGAAGAUGGGAUGCGGAAAGUUGGGGAGCGAGGCCGUGGGAUGGAACAAAAGAAGGAGGGACAGGUGUUGAGUUAUGGGCAUGGCUAGAGGCCGAGACUGAUGAAGAAGCUGACCGUAAGUGGUUGGGCCUAACGAACGCGCUAUCAGGACUCUUCUGCGCGUCACUCAACUUCAUUGACGAAACGAGAACGACCCGACCCGCGAUGUCUUUCCAACCUGAGGGAGAUCACCCAAACUCCACAUUUGCAAAUAUGCAACUGUUACACGGCGUGUUACCAAGAGAAGUGGUCUGUACGGAGAAUUUAACCCCAUUUUUGAAACUGUUGCCGUGCAAAGGAAAGGCGGGGAUUUCAAGUCUACUUGACGGUCACAAACUCUUCGACGCAUCAUGGCAGAGUAUGGCAAUCGAUAUUCGACCUAUAUGUUCGGAGGGUGAAGAAUGCGUGCUGCAGAUUGAGCAGACUAUUGAUAUGGUCUUGGACAUCGAAAGAUCCAAGCGACCUAGGGAUAACCCUAUUCCACGGCCACCACCAGGUCACGAUCUAAAGUGCAACUCGUCAAAACCAUACAAUUCCGGCGACGCGUGUUUCCCUACAGAUUAUGCCGAGGGCCAAGACUGGGCUCUGGAUCGAGUCUUUGGCAAGGCAAUAAAAGGGGCUUGUCCGUUGACUGAUACAAGCAUUCCUCCCGUCUGUGUUCAAGCUCCCCAUAGCAGAGACAUAUAUACUACUACUGGCGCAACCGAGAUAAAAAAUCCAAAUGGACUCUCACGUUGCUAUCAGAUUCCUCCGGAUUCAGAUUUCUCGAUGAUCCUUCCUCGCCCUUCACGAGAGGGCGAGCAUGCAAAACCAGACGGCAGUGAUGAGAUCGUGGAGCCUGAAACGCCCCUCUUGUACGCGGAGCGUAGCUUCACAGGCCAUGGAUAUGAGCGCGGUGGAGUGAGAACAAUUCUCACCAACCCAAGCCCAGACACCGAAGUUGAAUUUGUCUACAUGGAAAGCUUGCCUUGGUUCAUGCGAAUAUACCUCCACACAUUGAGAGCUCACCUCGACGGAGAAUCUGGUUCCAAGAAAGAUAUCAUUGAACAGAUUUAUUACCGGCCGGCCCUAGACCGUGUCCGGGGCUCGCAACUUGAGUUACGGAUGCGUAUUCCUCCAGCUAGCACAGUUUUUCUUACCUACGAUUUUGAGAAAUCUAUUUUGCGGUACACAGAGUACCCCCCAGACGCAAACCGCGGUUUUGAUGUUGCGGCGGCUAUUAUCACCAUUCUACCUUCUGACUCUCGUAACGCGCCAUCAGCAAGGCAAAAGACUUCUAAUCUGCGAACCACAACACUCCUUCUCAGUCUGCCAACGCCAGAUUUCAGCAUGCCCUACAAUGUAAUCAUCUUCACGAGUACGGCCAUUGCCCUUGCCUUUGGAGGUUUAUACAAUAUCUUGAUACGGCGGUUCGUGGGGGCUGAUGAGGCAGAGGUUGGUGCUAGUAGUCUAAAGGGUAAGAUUGUUGCGGGCGUAGUCAAGUUGAUAGGAAAGUUAAAAGGCGCAAAAGGGAAAGUAGAGUAAGCAUUAGUUAUGGCUAUGUCCGGAUUUUAAAAUAGACUUAAACUGGUCGAGAAACGGUGUAGAGGUUCAUAGCUAAAACUGGACCAUGAAUAAAAUUAUUAUACUGAUGCCCCU